GAAAACAUGAGCGUGUGUCACACGGUGAAACCGUGAGAGUUGGCGGCUCUGUGACAGCCGGGUGCUGGAGAGGUCUGACGGUCCCGUUAACUACACUGACGUCACUAACAUGCGUCUCCCGUCGCAUCUGAUCUACGCAGUUAGUGGAAGUGGGGUCGUAUUCCCUAAACACCGCGUUGUCUUUGCUAACUCGUGGAUUCUCCUUCAGCCGGUGACGUUUCCCGCAGAGGGAAGGUUGUUAGACGCGAGACCGGUGAUCUUCCGGUUCCACCAUAAGGCGCGGACACGUCGCUUCUUCAGUCUCCAACGUCUUAAGGUCCAACAUGAAUCUUUGGGAAGCCCAAUCCGAGAUAAAGAAGCUGCUGAGCCACGUGAAGCCGAGUGACGUCCGUGGUCUGCUGACGUGGAUCCGGUGUUCAGACGAGUUCGACGACUUUCUGUCCAACAACCAGACGAAAGUUCUGAAGAACAUCUCUGAAGAUCUGAGAGGGAGUCUUCCUCCAGAUGCCAUGUUUUCCUCUGAGGUUACUGCUUAUAACAAGAUGCAGCAGUGCUCUCGCCCAACGAUCCACGUGGACAGUUUCCUGUAUGAUGAAGAUCAGGUGGACUUUCUGUGUGAGGACGGAACCAUGAGUCGGUCCUAUUGUCUUACCUGUGGAUCCCACAGAACCGCCCCUCUGGACUUCAUCUCUCACUCAUUCUCCAUAUCGGAACUUUGCUUCCUGUUCGAGAACGUUCUUCCAGACCUGAGCGGUCAGCUUGUGGUGGACGUGGGCUCCAGACUGGGAACGGUGCUGUACGGGGGUCAUGUGUUCAGUUCCGCCUCUCAGCUGAUUGGUUUAGAGAUCAAUGAGGAGUUUGUCAAACUUCAGAAUAACAUCCUGCAGAAAUACAAGAUGACCGACCGAAUACAGGUUCUGCACACGGAUGUUCUGCUACAGAAUGUUCUGCUGCAGAAGGCAGAUGUUCUCAUCCUGAACAACGUCUUUGAGUUCUUCAUGGAACCCAGUGAACAAGUCAGAGCGUGGAGGUUCGUCAUGGAGAACUUCAGGAAAAAAGGAUCUCUGCUGGUUUGUGUUCCUGGUCUGCAGGAAAGUCUGAACAGUCUGCAGGUAGACCUGCAGCUUGGCUGGGUGGAGGAACUUCCUGUGGACCACAAGGUUUACCUGGGCGGAGACAUGGACCAGGAUGCACUGACACAGAUCCACCUGUACAGGGUCAUGUGACCUGGACCAGACCUGCUGGUACCUCUGUUUCAAUCUACAAACAUUAAAAUAAAGUGUUUUCUUGUAUAUAGAACUAUUUCAUUCACAUUUAAAACAUUUCUGAUUAUAAAUGUGAUGUGAACAAACCCUUUGUUUUGUUUACAGGAAAUAAAUGAUGUAUUCUCUA